AUGUCAACAAUAACAGGGACAGAACCAGAAACAACAGCAAUAACAAUAACAACGGAAGAGAAGCCAGUGACAAUGAUAUCAGUAGAAGAAAUGGAAACCACAAUAUCAACGGAAGAGAGGCCAGUGACAAUGAUAUCAGUAGAAGAAAUGGAAACCACAAUAUCAACGGAAGCAAUGGAAUCAUCAGAAACGUGUAGUAAAUUUUAUUUAGCAUGUCGUGGCAACAAUAUUGAGGAAGUGAAAGAGUUACUUAAAACGAGAACCCUUGACGAGAUAGAUAGAAUAGAACCAAAUGGUAGUACAGCUUUACAUGCUGCAAGUUAUCAUGGUCAUCAAGAAAUCGUUAAAUUAUUAUUAAAAUCUGGAGCAGAUAGAGCAAUACAUAAUAAAUAUAAUUAUUUACCAUUUGAUGAAGCAUUAAAUGAUGGAAUUAAAGAACUUUUCUUUCGAGUACCAAAUACAAAUCGACUUGUAUCAAAUACCGGUGCUAUUGAAUGGGAAGCGAUUAAUGAUGAUGUUUUAGAAACAGCCGGAGAAGAGAGACAUAUUAUUAAAUCUCUCUAUGAAAAUACUAGUGGAUUUACCUCUGUUGGAAAAAUGUUCGAAAAAAUUGAAAAGAAUUAUAUUAACAAGGGAUUAGCUAAAUUCGAUGAAAUUGACAACAUCAAACGGUUUUUUCAAAAAGCGACUGAAGAACAAGAUCCACGAUGGAUUUUAAAAGCUUAUACAGCUGAGACUGAUUUCUAUAAAGUUCUCAAUACUGAAAUAGCGUGUGGUGCUAAUCAAUAUCAAAAUGAACGAAGAUAUAUAAUAGCAUUACUUUGGCAUCAUCCAAAAUUGGAUGAAAUGGCAUUUAUUGGUUCUUCUUAUCGAGUUAUGCAAGUCAAUUCUGAUGAUUUGCGAAAGUAUCAAAUUAAUUGUUCAUUAAUGACAAAAUCAUUUUUAUCAUCAUCGAUUGAUCAAAAACUUGCCGAAUUAUUUUUAUUGCAAAAAGUAUCCACAGAAGAAGAGACGACAAGACCGUCACGCACCAAAAGUGAUGGAGCAUGUAUAAAACAGUGGGUUAUGUGUGUUUAUAAUAUUAAACAUCGACGCACUGCUUUACAUAUUGAAAAUUGCUCUCAAUAUGCAAAUGAAGGUGAAAUCUUGAUUAUGCCUUAUACUGUAUUUAAAGUAAAAAGAAUUAAUCAUAUUAAACCUUUAUAUUCGAAAAAGGAUGAAACGAUGACAGAAAUUCAAUUAGAAGAAUGUGAUCAAUAUUUUAAUAUUCAAAUACAAGACACAUAA